GGUGGCGGCGCUGGUGGCGGAGGCAGAGCGUUCGCCGCUGGGGCGAGCGGGUGGCCGUGCCUGCUGUGCCUCCUCCCGCCGAGGAAGGACGUGUUUCUGACUGCUUUCCAACUCCAGGGGUGUGCGGGAGGAUCCAAGAGGUGGCAGCAUCAUUUAUUCCGCAGCAAAACAGAAGAAUGCGCUCAGUCGCACUUCUCAGCAGCUACACAGCCUGUGGAGAGUGUGGGCAGUCUCUGUAUGCAGCAUCCUGGAAAAUGUGCAUUCCCUUGAAGUGAUCUGCUGAAGAGCACGUACUUGUACAGUUGUUCCAGACUGCCUUGUUGCACUGAUCUCAAGGUCUGAAAUGCCUGGUCUCUAAUAGUCCCUGGGAUAUACGUUUCUUCUGCCAACAAAACGCUACCUGCUGCUGUUAUCCGAGGAGCCCCAAAGAGCAAGGACACUGAAGAUGGCUCUGUGUGCUUUUUAUGCAGUUUGGGGUUUGUUACUGGAAGUAGCAAUAGCGUUUGGUCCAGUACCGAGGAUCACUUGGGAACACAGAGAGGUCCAGCUCAUACAUUUUCAUGAAUCAGAAGUGUCAAACUAUUCAACCUUGCUGUUAAGUGAAGAUAAAGAUGUUCUAUAUGUAGGAGCCAGAGAAGUGAUCUUUGCAUUAAACGCAGUGAAUAUUGCUGAAAAGCAGCACGAGUUGCACUGGAAGGUCACAGAGGAUAAAAGGACUAAAUGUGCAGUCAAGGGCAAAUCAGAACAGACAGAGUGUCGUAAUUACGUGCGUGUGUUGCAACAGCUGAACGAUACUUUUCUUUACGUGUGUGGAACUAACGCGUUUCAGCCAACAUGUGAUUACCUGAAUUUAAUUUCAUUUGAACUUGGAGGUAAAAAUGAAGACGGUAAGGGCAGAUGUCCAUUUGAUCCUGCUCAAAGCUACACAUCUGUUAUGGUUGAUGAGGAGCUUUAUUCCGGGACUUCCUACAAUUUUUUGGGAAGCGAACCUAUCAUUUCACGGCACUCCCAUCAAAGCCCUCUCAGAACAGAGUAUGCAAUACCUUGGCUUAAUGAGCCCAAUUUUGUUUUUGCUGAUGUCAUAAGAGCAGACCGAAACAGUACAGAUGGAGAAGAUGACAAGAUAUACUUCUUUUUCACUGAGGUGCCUGUGGAGUAUGAAUUUGUUGGAAAACUGAUGAUUCCGAGAAUAGCUAGAGUGUGCAAGAGGGACCAAGGAGGACUAAGGACCUUGCAGAAAAAAUGGACUUCCUUUCUUAAGGCCAGAUUGAUUUGUACCAACCCUGACAAGAAUUUAGUUUUCAAUAUUAUCAAUGAUGUUUUUAUUCUCAAGUCUACAACUUUGAAGGAACCAGUGAUAUAUGGAGUCUUCACACCACAACUGAAUAACGUGGGACUGUCAGCAGUGUGUGCAUACAAUCUGUCUACUGUGGAAGAGGUUUUCUCGAAAGGAAAAUACAUGCAGAGUGCUACAGUAGAACAGUCUCAUACAAAGUGGGUACGAUACAAUGGGGAAAUUCCUCAUCCUCGACCUGGUGCGUGCAUAAACAAUGAAGCCAGAGCAUCAAACUACAUCAGCUCUCUGAAUUUACCAGACAAAACAUUGCAGUUUGUUAAAGAUCAUCCCCUGAUGGAUGACUCAGUGACUCCAAUGGGAGACAGACCUCGACUAGUAAAACGAGAUGUGAAGUACACCCAGAUUGUAGUAGACAGAGUCAGAGCACUCAAUGGAACCAUAUAUGAUGUUAUGUUCAUCAGUACAGAUCGAGGAGCCCUGCACAAAGCUAUCAGCUAUGAAAAUGGAAUGCAUAUUAUUGAAGAAACACAACUUUUUCCCAAAUUUGAGCCAGUCCAAACUCUCUUGCUUUCAUCCAAAAAAGGCAGAAGAUACCUCUAUGCUGGUUCUAAUUCUGGUGUGGUUCAGUCUCCGGUUGCAUUCUGUGACAAGUACACCACUUGUGUUGACUGUGUUUUAGCAAGGGAUCCUUACUGUGCUUGGAAACCCCUUGAAGCUUCCUGCAUUGAUAUUUUUAAAGAAAAUGAAAUCGAAAGGAGCUGGAUUCAGAACAUAGGUGGAGAUGCAUCGUCUUGUUCUGCCUCAUCUCCUAUACCUUUCCCUCCUACUGGUACCUCCUUUUUGUCCUGUGUUGGGAGUGAUUCACCUCCUUCACCCACCAGUACCCAGCCUGAUGUUUGGUCUAGCACAGAAUCUGUAAAGGUCAUGUUGUUGCCACCUUUCCUAAGUGACCAGGCACAGCAUGUUAGUGUCCGGGGACCCUUUCACCUCUUCUGCCGAGCCACAGUUGUCUGGAAACUGAGCAGGAGUUGCAUUCUUAAGAAGGACAGCAAAGUAAGUAGAUCAAUUAUGUUAGAACUUCAUAUUUUAAAGUAUGCACUAGACAUGUAAUUAAUUUGUAUUAUAGCAGCAGCAGCAAAUGUGGAGUGUAUGUUCAUAUUAAUUUCCUUAAUCUUCAAAAGCUACUUCUCUAUUACAUCUGAGUCUGAAUUUAUCUUACUCUGGAGUUGCAGGAAAUACUUGAAUUUAACAAACGUGACUUAAGAGUUUUUGCAGAUAAAGCUGUUUCACAAUGUAUUGUUUCUAUUGCCUAAUCCUGAAGAGGAAGUCGGAGUAAGUAAUAGCACAGUGCCCAAAACCAGAAAUGUGAUCAGUAAAAUCCCUGAUUAGUGCUUGAACCUAGAUUUUGCUGUUGACUAACUUGUAUCAUGCAUUAGAUGGGGAUGAGUGUAUCUGUGGGGAUUUCCACACACAACAGAAAGGGAGGGUAAAAUUGCCCAAUUCUUAAGGGGCUGACCUGAAGCAACACAGUUUGCAGAAUUUUCCACAUUAUGAAAUCGCUGGAUUUUACUCUUUUAGUGAAAGGUGUGUCUAAGCAGAGCCUUUUGGAGAUUUCUGGAACAAUUGUGCUCUUCAGCACCAGAAAACAGAGCAGCUUCUCUGGUGUGAACAGUAACAGUUGAAGGCAGUUUAGGAAGUGUCCACACAGAACAUGCCCCUUCCUCACAUGGUCUCAAAAUGGCAUUUUUCAAGUUGGUGGUUUUAGGCAAUGGUCCUGUUCCCAUGCGUUAGGUCUUGAAUGACUGCAAAUGAAGAUUGUGAGUUUAUGGCUUUACUCAAGCACCUGGCUUUUAGCUUUACAGUGCUAAAGAAGUAACUCUCCUAUGCUUGGAAAAGUUCAUCCUUGUAGCUUGUGCCAUAUCUGGCAUUCCCCCCUUUUAUUGAUCUUCACUGUGGUCAAAUUGGUCUUAACUUCUCCAAGCCAGCUUGACCUCUGCGAAUACAAUCACUUCAUUUUAUUUCUGUAUUAAUGCCAUGGCAGGUUGUGUCAUCUUUUAGAAAUUAUAAUCCAGAGUGGUUUUUGAACGUAAGUUUCUACUCUUCAAGGCCAUUUUUUUUUCUUUUUGUUGUUAAGAUUUCUUUCUGCUGUGCCUGUAUUUAUUUACUAUUCCUCUGCUUUGCCCAAACUCCAACUUCGGCACUCAUUUACUGAAAUAAUUUGUCCUUAGUUCCAGACUUCCCAUGAUUUUAACAUGACCUACCUACUGUUAAUUGUAGAAUGAGUACAGUCAUCCAUAAACCACUGUAUUUUCAUAAUGAGUGUGUGCCAGCACAGUUCAGCAUAUGCUUGUCAUCUCCACUUUGUCAGUGCUGUCGCCAGUCCCUCUUGAGAUUCUGCCACUUCCCUCCCUCUCUUUUACCCUCAGAGACAAACUCUACACCAGGCUUUCACUUGAUGAUGUUCUCUAUCAUUCAGCCUUACUAUCACUAACUUAUGUCUCCAUAUUUGUAGUAUCUUAGUUUUAUUUCCAAAUGAGUUAAGAAUUCAACACAAUAUCCCGACGAACUGCCAGGUGUAAAGAAUACUUUUUAAACAUCUAAACUUCAUUAGUUUUCAGGACACUAACCUGGAAUCAGAUCAUCUAGAGAAAAAUGCCACAUCAGUUUGCAAUCUGAAAUGCUCAUAGUAGGUGGUUACCUGUUCUGUCAAGACAUAGUUGCAAAAAUAGUUUAUUUUCUUUUUACGCCUAAUUUCUCUUUACAUCUUCUCUUGCUAAGGCUAGUCUGGAUCCUAGGUCCUGAGGGGGAAAUAGGCAUGUUUUACACAUCAGAAUCAUUGUGAAGUUCUUAGCUUGGCUCAGAGGUCUUCUUUUAAAUUAGAAGGCCUGGAUACUGCCAAGUAUACUUCAGCCAGCCUUGCUGGUUUUCUGGGAGCAGCUGUUCUGUCCUCUGGGCUACUGUAAAUCUCUGAUUUACUCAGAUUCUGCCCUCGCAGGUUAAGAUGAAUAAUAGCAACAAAGAUAAAAGAUUGGAUUGCUCUUUGUUGUUGAUCCAAGCUUCUUCCAAGUUCUGUCUUGCCUAAUUGCCUGCUGUGACUAAUGGUCCUGUGCUUCUUCCAAUUCUGCUUCUUUCAUUAUUAGUUCCAGCAUCUUUGACACACUGAGUUCCUGAACUUUUUCCUGUCCUGGCCUUUAUUUCAGAUUUUGCAAGGCAUGUCUCAGAUGGUGCCAGCUUUGUACCAGAAGCUAGCUUGAUCAGAAGUAGGUUGUGUGGCCUAGCUCAAAAGGAAAUCGGACAGGCAGGUAGCCACUGCUGAUGUUCAUCAUCUGCUUUAUGAUGUUUGUGGGGCAAGUUCCCCCUUGUGGGAAUCCAGAUGGAAUUUACAGACAUGAACUCAUUUACAACUUUGGCUUUAACCUAAAUUACCAGUGCUAGCUCCAUUUUACUCCAAUUUACCUAGAAUUUCAGUUGAGGAAGCCUGUGAGACAUUACAAUCAGCUAUUUAUGCUUUUAAGCCUCAUUUUGAGGUCUUGGGUUUUUGUUUUCUUUUCAAAGACUUGUAUUUUCUUACAAAAUAAGCUGACUGACAUUUUUGCAGGUCCAGAUGGCUCCUAUUUUAUCUGGAAGAAGAAUGGACAGAAGAUGAAGGCAUGCAUCACUGAGCAAUCUCAUAUGCUGUUUGAUGGCAGAG